AAACCAGUUUAAAAUGUCAUUGACUUCGGUGGUAGGAGUUAGUCGUCUGCAAUUUCCUAAUGCAUUUAAAAUGAACUCGUAGCAAACACUGCCCCGUUAUUCGCCUCGAGCUAUCGAACAAAUUUAACACUACAUUAAGAUUUAAAUAGCAUUAGAUUUGUUAUAUCGUCGCGAGAGUUAACACGUAAAAAUGGUGAUUGAAAAAAUUUGCUGCCUCGGCGCUGGCUACGUUGGAGGCCCAACUUGCAGUGUGAUUGCGUGGAAAUGUCCCGAUAUUAAAGUAACUGUAUGUGACAAAAGUAUUGAACGUAUUAACCAGUGGAAUUCUGACAAAUUACCGAUCUACGAGCCGGGUCUGGACGAAGUUGUCAAAGAGUGUAGAGGUAAAAACUUGUUCUUUUCUACUGAUAUUGCGAAUAGCAUCCAAGAGGCUGACUUGAUAUUUAUUUCCGUGAAUACGCCGACAAAAACCAUAGGAAAUGGCAAGGGUAGAGCCGCUGAUUUGAAGUAUAUUGAGGGCGCGGCUCGAAUGAUAGCCGAUUUAGCCACCAGUAACAAAAUUGUGGUUGAAAAGAGUACGGUACCAGUAAAGGCAGCUGAGAUUAUUAUGAAAAUACUUCGUGCUAACACAAAACCUGGAGUAGAGUAUCAAAUUCUGUCUAACCCAGAGUUUCUUGCAGAAGGCACAGCUAUUGUAGAUUUAGUUGAAUCGGAGAGGGUGCUAAUUGGUGGUGAAGACACUCCGGAAGGUCAGAAAGCUGUUCAGGCACUUUGUUGGGUGUAUGAACAUUGGAUCCCAGCCAAGAAUAUUCUAACUACAAACACAUGGAGCUCUGAGCUAUCAAAAUUAGCGGCUAAUGCAUUUUUAGCUCAAAGAAUAUCUAGUAUUAAUUCUCUAUCAGCUGUGUGUGAAGCAACUGGUGCUGAUGUAUCUGAAGUAGCAAGAGCAGUUGGCCGUGACUCAAGAAUCGGUCCAAAGUUCCUAGAAGCAUCUAUCGGCUUUGGUGGUAGUUGUUUCCAAAAAGAUAUACUCAACUUAAUAUACUUAUCAGAAUGUUUAAACCUGCCGGAAGUUGCUGCUUAUUGGCAGCAAGUUGUUAGCUUUAACGAUUACCAGAAAAACCGUUUUACAAGAAAAGUUAUUGAGUCACUUUUUAACACUGUCUCAGACAAGAAAAUUGCUAUUCUUGGGUUUUCAUUCAAGAAAAAUACAGGUGAUACAAGAGAAUCACCAGCUAUUUGUGUAUCAAAGACGUUGUUAGAUGAGGGAGCUAAACUACAUAUCUACGAUCCUAAGGUGGAAACCGACCAGAUAUACUAUGAGUUGACACAUCCUCAAGUAACAAAUGAGCCAGAGGUAGUAAGGAAAAACAUAGAGAUACACAACUCGGCCUAUUCAGCCGUAACUGGGGCUCAUGCUCUAGUUCUAUGUACUGAAUGGGAUGAAUUCAAAGAAUUAGACUUUAAGAAAAUAUACAAUGUAAUGAUGAAGCCGGCCUACAUUUUUGAUGGACGGAAGAUCUUAGAUCAUGAAGCAUUAAUAAACAUUGGUUUCCAUGUGCAAACAAUUGGCAAGCGAUUGUCAAGAACUGGCAGUAUUAGGGCACAAGGCAGUCAGACAUUACCUUAGAGUUGUGAACAUCUGCGUACCUCUGAAAUAAUAUUUCAACAUUCAAGCUGACACGUUAAUCUCUAUGGUUCAAUUUCGUCCGGUAAAACUUUGAUAGUCUGUGCAGAAAGCGAACACAUUUGGCGGCUAUGCAAACUUAUAUUCUUUACCAUGCAUUUUAUAUUUACCAAAAUAUUAUUCUUUUAUUAGUAUCACUAUUGAAAAUAAUUACGCUGAUUCAAACCUUAAACCUUCGUUCUCUUUACGCACACACUAUUAUGUCUAUCUGUCAGUAACAUCACCAUAGUAAAAUAGUCUUCAAUUUUAUGUUAUCUGUUCCCAAGUCGAAAUCUGUUGAAUAUAUACUCUAUUCAGGAUAAAGACAACGCUAGGGUAUUUGUCUAUUGUUAUGUAAUAUGUGUUCGUUCAGAAAUUAAUUAUAUAAACUUUCCAGUAUACAUGAAUAUGUCACAAAUUAAUUAGGCAAAUAAAGCAAUAAUAAAGUUAAUAUUAGUGUAAUGUUAAAUUUUAUUUACGAUACAUUAACCUCUGACGCAAACGGGGGUGUUAUAUCUUGACAGAUUCAUUUGUUUAAGACCUACGGGUCACCGUAUUAUUUUUCAGUGAUACGUUAUUAAAUUUACUAUACUUAACAAACAUAUAUACAAAAGUUUGUUUCAAAUGUAUUUAAACACAUCUUCAUGGAAUACAUAUUCAUUUAUUGUUAAUAAAAUGUAUUAUAAUUAAGUAUUAUUUUAACUUGACCGGAAUUUUUUUAUUUAAUUAAAUAAAUAUUGGUCGAUUUAAGCUUUAGUUUAAGACGCUUUUAAAAGGUGAUUCAAUAUAUACAGAGAAUCAGCGAAAAGUUUAUAUACUAUGAUAACUAUUAAAUCAUGCUAUAUGUCAAAGUCCAAAUUUACUUUUCUUAUUUGCAUUUUGACAGACACUCAAGUAAUGGCGGCUUUAGUUUUUUGACAAUUCCAUUAGCAUUUUUUUUUAUAUUACUUUUUAUUGAGCAAGACGAGGUGAAUUAAAAAAAAAACUUGUCUCUAGCUUUACUUUGGUUGCUACUAAUGCUUGAUGAUGAAUCUUCUUCGAGAUUAUUAUUUAUUUUUCUCCAUUUAACCUUACUUCAAAAUGUAUAUUGACAAGUACGAAACGUAUCAAAGAACGCGUUACAAUUGUUUUACAAUUUUUUUAUAUACAUAUACGAAUGGCAUUUUAAAAAAGUCAAUAUUCAACCUUGUAUAUCGAAUGUAUUUAUGUUAAUAAUUAUUUUACAGGUAAUUGUUUGAAUUACAUUUGUAUUUUUAUUUGUCACGAAUAUAUAUUUAACAGGUCACAGAUGCAACAAUUUAGCUACAAUUAGGGUAUAAUCAAGUUAAACAAAUAUUUUAAAGUAUAUUUUAUUAAAAAUUAUAUACAAAAUA